CGGUGUUGGGUUCCAUUGUUUGUUUAGUGCGUGGAUAUGUGUGUCAAACCAAAAAAACGACUUCUUCAACGAUAAAACCCGAGAAGCCAACCGAGAAUUUAAUAGCACCGCACAUAACAUGCAGUUUUUGAUUCACUGGUUAUAGAAGGGGGAGUCAUUGUUCGAUUAUAAUGACAACAAUAACAACAACUGCAUCACCCACCUCCUCCUCGUCAUCCAACAUCUAAACCACAUGUACAAAAGACACAACAAUGCAUUACUUUAUCACCAUUUCUCGCAAUGUUUACCAUGGUGGGAAAAAAAAUUCGCCCGCCUCCCGCUUCAAAAUAAAAUGGCGGCCAAAGAGCAAAAUGGUCGUGUGGGGAUGAUAAAGAAACUGCGUCGUUCCGCCUCGGCCAGUGAACAUAAUAUGAGUGAAUUACGAAAUCGCAAGUCCACACAAAAUCUCUUUGAUCAACAUGGAAUCCCGAUUGAUCUGAAACAAUUUCGCAAAGUUCUCGACAAAGAAGAUAAUGGAAGCAAUAAUAACAACAGUUCAGAGAAGAAGACUCGAUACCGUCGCACGCAAAGUGUAACGAGAGCUGAAGAAAUCACGACGAAAUCGGAAAAGCAACGUCUUCAGCAACCAGAUAAAGGCUGUCAUCGGCCCAGAGAUUCUUUAUUCUCAUGGAGUUCAGGUUUCAGUAAUUUUACCGGUUUAGUUAAUUGGGGUUUCCUUCUGCUGACAAUCGGUGGAUUCCGUUUGUGUUUAGAAAACUUAUUAAAAUAUGGCAUUCGGGUAAAUCCUUUGGAUUGGUAUAUCUUCUUAAGCGGCAAAAAUGAAUCCGAAGGACAUGCAUCAUUGUUUUUAAUUCUAUAUUCUUUUGUGCACAUAUCCAUAUGUUUAUUGGUAGAAAAGGGCCUAGCCAUGGAAAUCAUAUCCGAAGGUUUGGGUAUGUUUAUGCAGGUGACAAAUAUUAUUGUGGUCGUUGUACUACCGGUAGUAAUUAUGCAUUUAAAGGGGCACCUAUUCAGUUUAAUGGGUGCAUCCACGGUUUGCUUUUUCUAUUCCAUACUAUUUUUGAAAUUAUGGAGUUAUGUUCAAGUGAACAUGUGGUGCCGUGAAACAUAUCACAUGAAACAAUACAAACCACGGGUGCGUCGACCCAGCAUUACUUUGGCCCAGUUGAAAAAUGGCCAAUUCGGCGAUGACGAAGAAAAAGACGAAGAUGUCCCAGUAUUGGUACAAUAUCCCGAUAAUUUAUGUUAUAGAGAUAUCAUCUAUUUUUUGGCUGCACCUACACUGUGUUAUGAACUGAAUUUCCCAAAAACAACACGCAUUCGUAAACGUUUCUUACUGAAACGUUUAUUGGAAGUUAUUAUUGGGGUAAAUGUGGUUAUGUCUUUAUUCCAGCAAUGGAUUAUACCAUCGGUCAAGAAUUCGUUGAUACCAUUUUCACGUAUGGAAGUUGGUUUGGCUACGGAACGUUUAUUGAAACUGGCUCUUCCCAAUCAUUUGGUGUGGUUGUGUUUCUUUUAUCUAACAUUCCAUUCAUUCUUGAAUGCCACUGGUGAAAUAUUACAUUUUGCCGAUCGCAAUUUCUAUAAUGAUUGGUGGAAUUCGAAUAAUAUUGAUACAUUUUGGAGAACAUGGAAUAUGCCAGUUCAUAGGUGGUGUGUUCGUCACUUGUAUAUACCCGUUGUUAAAAUGGGUUACUCAUCCCGGCAAGCUUCAACUAUUGUCUUUCUAAUCAGUGCCUUCUUCCAUGAAUAUUUGGUAUCAGUGCCAUUACAAACAUAUAAAAUAUGGGCAUUCCUGGGUAUGAUGGGACAAAUACCCCUAUCGGCUAUAUCCAAAGCUGUUGAGCGUGCCUUAGGACCACGUAUGGGCAAUAUUAUUGUUUGGGCCUCAAUAAUAUUGGGUCAACCAUUGUGCAUUAUGAUGUAUUAUCAUGAUUAUGUUAUAACGCAUUAUACCGACUCAUUGAAUAGUACCAUGUAUAGAGAGCUUUAAAGAAAAUUCCAUUAACUAUGUUUUUAUCGAAUUUUUUUGUUAUUGACUGGUACUUAUAGAUAUCCUUUAUAAAGAUAUGCGACGCGUAUAUAUGUACGCUUUUGUAUGUGUAGAGAUUUUAAUGUUAACUUUGAAUAUUAAAAUAGAGUACUCUCGAACACGGUUAUAAAUAACUCUUUGGUAUCAAAUAUUUUCCUUAUAGACCAUUAUAAUUGUAAUGUUCCACAACUGCAAGAAUGUAAACGUUUUUAAUACUAUAACCGAUUUCCCACUUAUGAUAUCGAAAAAAUCGCAAAAACAGUAGAUUCUUGCUGGUACUGGAACAGGCCAAAUAUGUGCAAAUCCUGCAUUUUCUACAAAAAAAUUUUUACAUUACAAUCCUUUAGUUCCUAAAACACAAAAUUCUUUAUAGGCACGUUCGACUGUAUAUUUUAAUUAAGUAAUAAGCGAGUAAUUGUGAAAAUCAUGAUUAACGCUUUAAUUGCAUUUCUGCAUUGUGGCAUUUUUCAAGAAUGAAUUAAGAAAAGAAACUAGAAUGUUAGAAAAUUCCCUUAAUAAUUAUAUUUUCUGAAAAACAAAAACAAAACAAAAUUAGGUUUGAUUUAAUAUAUUUUUUGUACAAAAUUUAUUUGUAGGCAAUAAAAAAUAUCAAAAGGUUGUAAAUAAAUAAAUUAUGUUAAAACUUUUUUAUA